AUGGGAUUUGCGCCCGUGGACCUGUACGCGCUCAUCCAUGCCUCGGGCACCCGGGAGUUCGACGUCUCCUUUAUGACGUUGCAGCUCCUGGAUCGCUUCUGGGCUGGGUGGGAAGCGGCCAGGUCUGCACAGGGUACAAAGUGGGCAGGAUUCACCGCUGUGGCCAUUUCUCGCCAGGGUCUUAAGAAGGUCACUUUCCUGGUGAGAAAUGAAUCCAUCCCCAUAGCAGACAUCCUUGUUUGGACUAAGAGGUUUGGGGAUGUUAAAUCCCCCCCCUGUUAAGAUCUUAGAUGAGGAUGGGAUUUGGACAGGCGGAUGGACUGUUUCAGUGUUGCUGCGGGAGAUUCGAGGUGUCACACAGCAUAUGCCUAAUAGUUUUUUCAUCGGGGCUGACCGGGUAUCCUGUUUUUACCCUGGUCAGCCCAGGGUAUGUCACAAGUGCGGAUCGUACAGGCAUUACAGCAAUGCCUGUACGGUCCUCAAAUGCACUAUGUGCGGCGCUGUGGGGCACCUCUGGGACAGCUGCAGGGAGAUCCGGUGUCAUCUGUGUUCAGAGAUGGGUCACACGUACCGCACCUGCCCCGAAGCCCAGCACAAUGUAGAGUCCAUCUGGAGUCAGGAGCCGGUGGAGAUGGACUCUGCUGGGUUAGGGGUUCAGGUAGCAUCGUCAUCUACAAUGCCCAUCUCUGGCACAAGGGUUUCCCUGCCCCAGCAACAACCCAUCCUCCCCUCGGUCUCUGUAACAUCUCAGGACCCUGGGAAGGCCACAAGUUCACGUCCCCUCACGAAAAGUGUACGUAGAGAACGCACUACCUCCACAGCCAUUAUGGCUCCCCCCUAGACCCCCUCCCCCUAGGCCCCCCCCUCCUAAAUUCUCCACGGUGAAGGUUACCCCCACUGAAAAGUCCCCAGAUGCACGUCCCUUAGAUGCACAGUCCCUAGAGUGGAGCACGGUGAAAGGUAAGAAACCCCCCCCCUCCAAGACCUCGACGCUGCCCUCACCCCGGAAGAUCGCCAUACCCCCUGCGGCGAAACCCCCGAAAGGGGGAGACGCCACUUAUAAGGGUGGUGUGGCACGGGCGUCAUCCUCCUCUUCGGGCUUGCAGGAGGCCCCGGUGCCCGUAUCUAACAGGUACGAGGCACUGUCCUCCAGCUGGGCCGACUGUGAGUACGAGGAGGAGAUGGCGAACCUCCCCGAGGUGGUGGCAGGGGUUGAGGUGGGACAGGAGGUGCUUCUGAGAGACGACGGGCCACUGUAUCCCGGAGUCUCAGUGAAGAGGUUCCUCGGUUCGACACGGAGGAGGAGGGGUACCGCAGAAGGAAGGGAAAGUCUCCUUAUACUUAAUGCCCUUAUGGCGACUUUUCCUGUACUCUCUGUGGCUACGGUGAAUGUAAACAGCAUUAAGUCCAGCAGGGCCCGCUUUUUGGUUUACGACCACCUCAGCCGGGCUCCGUACAAUGUCAUCUUGGUACAGGAGACCCGGCUGGAAACCCUCGCGGCCCUGCACGCUGCAAAGCGGGACUGGAGAUGGGGGCCCUCCUACUUCUCUCUAGCCACAGAGAGAUAUGGGGGAAUCGCCAUCCUAUUUAAGGACGUUGAUGUUAGCAUCAACAGGGUUAUUGAGUUGCAAAAAGGACGGUGUGUGGUUUUAGAUGUCUCAAUGGGCAGGCAACCUUUCAGGAUAAUUAAUAUCUAUGGCCCCCAAUCUAAGUGGGAGAGGAAGCGCCUGUUUAUUGAGAUAGAGCCUUACCUUUAUACAUCCCAGCAAAUCCUGUUUGGCGGUGACUUUAACACCAUAACUAGGCCUCAAGACAGGAGAGACGCCACUCAGAGGCUGGGGUAUGACUCCUAUUUUUUAAAUAAGAUGGUUAGUCAGGCUGGAUUGGUCGAUGUGUACCUUCAUCACACUCCCAAUCCCACGGGUGGGUACACUUAUCACAGAGGUAGCUGUCAGAGUAGGAUAGAUAGGUUUUUCUUUAAGGAGAAUUUCCCGGUGGCGGCACCCGUGCUUACACCGGUGGAGUUCUCCGACCAUCACAUUUUGUCUUGCGAGUUGAACGUCUAUAGUACCCCACCUAAGGGUAGAGGGAUCUGGCGGCUAAAUUCAGACCUCCUGGUGGAACAGAGGGUUCAGCAAGCCUUCAUGGAAUUCUUUCACGAUCAGAUGACAUUGGCCGACUUAGGCCAAACGAAGUCUGAGUGGUGGGAGAUGGUGAAGGCCAGAACUCAACGGCUGUUUCACAAUCUCGCCCGGAACAUGCAGUCCUCCAGGUACAAGAUGUAUCUGGGCUUGCUUGGGAGGUUAGACAUCCUGAUCUCGCAGGGAGGUGACCCGAGGACAUUGCGGCAGUUAAAAACCUGAUGAGGAGUUAUCAGUAUGACAGGUACGCCUCCCUUGUAAAAGAGAGAGAUCAUGGGUCAUACCGCUCGCCCGAUCCUUAUCUUAGCUGCAAGCGGAAGGAAGGUACCAAGUCCAUCCCUAGUCUGCGGGGCACCGACGGGACCCUAGAGGAGUCUCCUCGCGGGAUUCUGAAGGUGGUCCGCGACUACUAUAUUGAGCUCCUCGGAAAGGGCAGCCCCCAAUGUAGCGAGGAGGGAACCUCCCACGGGAGAAGGGUGGAUGACUUCUUGAGCGAGCUCACGCUCCCUGAGCAUAGCGACCUCUCUUUUGACGAGUUGGUCAGCGAGAUCACCAUAGAAGAGGUCACAGAGAGUAUCCAACAGCAGAACAAGUGUAAGUCGCCAGGUCCUGAUGGUCUGACGGCCGAGUUUUACCAACAGUUCUGCGACCUCUUGGCCCCUCAUCUGACCGAGGUGUUUAAUGAGAGCUUGGCUCAAGGAUUAUUGCCACCCUCGAUGAGGACUUCUGCCCUGAUCUUGCUGUCCAAGCCGAACGUGCUCGACACAGCGGAUGUGGGGAACUGGCGCCCCAUAUCCCUGUUAAAUGUCGACAGGAAGGUCCUGGCAAAGAUUUUGAUGAAACGAGUACAGGGCCUAGCGAGGCGUGUCCUAUCCACCUCCCAGUACUGUUCAAUCGAGGGCAGAACUGUCUUUGAUGCCGUUUUCGAAGUCAGGGAAGCCCUCGAGAAGUGCAGGGACGGAGAAAGGGGGAUAUACCGGAGAGGCCUUUACGGGUUGUUGCCUACGCUGAUGACAUCUCCAUAG